GUUUCUGUACUCGAGACGUAGUUCUGAAAGAUGGUUCUUUUUGUUUCAGAUAAAAGCGUACGAGAAGCUGGAAUGCUACGAAGAACGACUGAAAUGCGCCAAGGAUAUUUACGACAACUACAUCAUGAAGGAGGUUGCUGUCUAGGGCGCACGACUAUUCAAAGGAGUGCCUGCAGCAUGUUCAGUCGCACCUCACGAAAACUGAGGUGCCUGUGACGCUUUUUGAGCCUUAUAUAGAAGAAAUUUAUAAUCAUUUAAGGGAAGAACCAUUUAAGAAAUUUUUAGAAAGUGAAAAAUAUACUAGGUUUUGUCAAUGGAAAAAUUUAGAGCUUAAUAUACAGUUAACAAUGAACGACUUCAGCGUGCAUAGGAUAAUAGGAAGGGGCGGUUUCGGGGAAGUAUACGGCUGCAGAAAAGCCGAUACGGGGAAGAUGUAUGCGAUGAAGUGUCUCGAUAAGAAGAGGAUAAAAAUGAAGCAAGGCGAAACGCUAGCGCUGAACGAGAGGAUAAUGUUAUCCUUGGUGAGCACCGGUCAAGACUGUCCCUUUAUAGUAUGUAUGACGUAUGCCUUCCACACGCCCGACAAACUCUGCUUUAUCCUGGACCUGAUGAACGGCGGCGAUCUGCACUACCACCUCUCGCAGCACGGCGUCUUCAACGAGACAGAGAUGAAGUUCUAUGCUGCCGAGGUCAUAUUAGGUUUAGAACAUAUGCAUAGGAGAUAUAUUGUAUAUAGGGAUUUAAAACCUGCAAAUAUACUAUUAGACGAACACGGUCAUGUUCGGAUAUCGGACUUAGGAUUAGCCUGUGAUUUUUCUAAAAAGAAACCCCAUGCUAGCGUAGGAACUCAUGGUUAUAUGGCACCUGAAGUAUUAUCAAAAGGCACUGCGUACGAUUCGAGCGCAGAUUGGUUCAGUUUCGGUUGUAUGUUGUACAAAUUGUUGAAAGGCCAUUCGCCUUUUCGCCAACAUAAGACCAAAGACAAACAUGAGAUCGAUAGGAUGACAUUAACUAUGAACGUAGAAUUACCAGACUCAUUUAGUAAAGAAUUAAAAUCAUUAUUAGAGGGACUACUGCAGAGGGAUAUAGAUAAGAGAUUGGGCUGUAAAGGACAAGGAUCGGACGAAGUGAAGGAACAUCCAUUUUUUGCCGGAAUUGACUGGCAACAAGUGUACCUGCAAAAAUACACCCCUCCUCUUAUACCCCCUAGAGGAGAGGUAAAUGCGGCUGAUGCUUUUGAUAUUGGUUCUUUUGAUGAAGAGGACACCAAAGGAAUCAAGUUGACAGAUGCGGAUCAAGAACUCUACAAAAACUUCCCCCUUGUGAUAUCAGAACGGUGGCAGAAUGAAGUGGCGGAAACAGUAUUCGAAACUGUGAACUUUGAAGCUGACAAAACUGAGCACAAGAAAAGGGCCAAACAGAAAAAGUUGUAUGACAUAGAUGAAAAAGGUAUUUAAUCGGAUUGCAUUCUCCAUGGCUACGUAAAGAAACUAGGAGGUCCCUGGACUAGCAGCUGGCAGAUGCGAUAUGCGAAACUGUAUCCGAAUCGAUUAGAGUUGCAUCCCGACUCAGCGAAGCCUGAACUUGUAUUCAUGGAUCAAAUCGAGGAAGUCAGCCCGGAAUUAGUGCAAGUUAAGAACGAGAACUGCAUUGUGAUCAGGUUGCGGGACGGCAAGGUCGUUCUCACGAAUCCGGAUGAAAUCGGCCUAAAAGAGUGGCUGACGUCUCUGAAAUCGGCUCACAAGUUAUCGCAAGAGCUACUUGGUUCAAUGGCGAAGAAAGCUGGCAAGAUAUACGGCACAGAUUCCAACAACAGGAAUACCAUCAUAGCCACAAGAAACGCUAAUGGAAACUAACUGAACGUAAAGGAAAUCACUAUUCGAGAAAAGAGAAUAGCAGGGCGUUAAAGGUCCCUUUGAGGAUGACACAUUGCUUGACAGCUCACGCGUAUCCGAUUAUGUAGGCGGAAAAGAAUUGUACAAGUAUUUAUCGUAAAACGGAAUAGUGCGUAAGUUCGUACUGAGGCACAACAAACUGUUCUGUAGGUCUUGUGAAGUAAGGUAGGGGGAAGUGAAUUACCAAGAUGGUUACGCGAUGAGUAACUGAAAGAAACGUAUGUGACUUGUGAUUGACUGUUUACAAAGUGACACUCGUUUUACAAAAUUUUCAUAUCGAAAUGUAAAUGUUUUGACUGUUCACUAGUAAAAAUUCGCAACAAAACUGUGACGUUAUUGUUUUUCAGCGUGACGCACAGUGUUGCAGAAUGUGACUAUACCUUUGUCAUGGAUGUGAGACUUUCGUCAAAUGCUAGUAAACUAACUUUCAUUCUCCUGACGUUGACAGUAGGUUAUGAAAUGUAUGAUUCUCUUUCCAUACCCGAAAGUACAAGUGAAAUUGAGGAUAAACUGCAUCAUCCUUGAAAAAUAGUUAUAAAUAAUUUAGUAAUAACAUAGUGUAUAGGAAUGUGUAAAUGGAAUAAAAAACAAACGAAGUGUCACCUAGAAGUCAAAUAAACAAAAUAUAUUGUAAAAAAUGUCAAUUGUACUUGACGAGACUGAAACGUCUAAUCAUAUUAGACGAAAAUGCCCCUGGUUUGCGAAAUAAUUGGUAAGCCUGGUUUUAUUGAUUCAAGUUGUCCAAAGGGGUAUUCAAAACAUGGACGCAUAAAAUGAGUACUCCAAUUUUUGUGACAAAACUUUUUAUUCGACAACAAAGAAUGAGAAAACGGGGUUUUUCGGGAUUCAAUCGAAAGUGUCGGCAGGAACGAAAAAACUCUUUAUAUAGGAUUUUUAGGUAUUUAUGAGACCUACAAAAUGAGACCACAUGUAAACAGAUCCGACUAACAGCAAAAAAGUUAUGGUAGAAAACCGAGGCGAAAUGCAGAUUUUGGCACUUGUUGGUAAUGCGACGAUGGUUUCUCGCAGAUAUUUGAAAUUUUUCAAAUUCGUAGCAUUGGUACUUCUGAAUAACCACAGCAAAAUUGGAGCAGAUUGGUGGAGUAGUUUCUCAGAAUUUCUAAUUGUUUAUCAAACCAUUCCGAAAGAUAAACGUUAUUUUUAUGCAAAAAACAAAGGUUACGUUUUUUUUUCCUCUAAACAAUUUUGUAAGUAAUUGAACAAAUGCGCUACGAUAUUCGAAAAACUUUUGCUACUGUACACAUUUUAAAGCUUCAACGGACGGUGGGCGAUAAUAUAAUAUAUAUUAUAGUCGUACGAUACGCUAUAAUAUUAUAUUAUAUUAUGACUGCAACGGACUACAGAAUAUAUAUUUUCAUAUUUUUCUAGCAGUGGUGCCGAACCUACCGAUUUUUCAGCAUUUCUGUGCAUAGGCUGAUCUGCUGAUCUGUGCUGUACACAGUGUAUUUAAUUAACAAGGUAUUCCCCAUAUGUUAAUCUGCCGCGCUUGUCUAAAUCCUAAAACCCCUCUUGGGUUUCCCUUUCAAACUACCUAUGUAUAUUAUACCUAAAGACUUAAAAGAUUUACGUUUCGGAAAUUGUUUCAAAAGAAAUUUAAAAAAGUGGCUACAUUCUAUAUCUAGGACUGAAAUUCAUAAACUCAUAAAUACGAACAUCAACUAAAUACAUAAUCUACUGUAGCUAAUAUUUGUCCUUUUUUGUCAUUUGCAUUCUACAGUUUCAACUUGAAUUAUUGGUCCAUGUACAGGCGAUGCCUUCUAUUGGGCCUGUUUUGAUUUUGUAUUUAUUUACUCAUAUUGUUUGUUAUCUUUGUACAUUGAGUGAAUAAAAUAUUAUUAUAUAAAAAUAAAUAUUUAGAAGUUCAUACCGUCGGAUAUAUCGCAAUCAGCUGCUUCUUUAAUCUAAUUAUUUUCAUACUCGAUCGAAUCUACCUUCCAUAAACAUGGAUGUUUUCUUACACUUUCAAUAAAAUACUCCAUUGUGUCUAUUGCGAAUUCCGAAGUGCAAGAACAAAUAAUAAAAUAGCAACAUCCCGCCAAGCCGGCUGCCAGCAAGAACGGUUCGUUGGUAUUUUCGGGUGACGCGACGCAAGAGGGGAAUAGAUAUAGCGCAAAUAUCGCUCGGUAAGCAUAUCCCGAUAGAUACGUAAUAUAUCGUCUCAAUAGGUUUACACAUGGAGCGAUAUUUCUGUAAUGUGGAGGAUAGAAUAUAUAUAUUAUAUUAUCGCUCACCGUCCGUUGCCAGUUUAAAACAAAGCGAAUGUGUUGCGAAUUACAAAUACGAAAUGUUUGAAUUUGUUUAGAAGUAAAAAACGUAACCUUUGCUUUUCACAUAAAAAUAACAUUUAUCUUUAGGAAUGGGUUGUGUCUCAUAUCGGCAAGGUAAACACGUGUAUUUUGCUGUUAAAUGCUCUAUUAACGAACCCUGUAUAUUGCCCAAUAAACUAGUAGCGAUGGCCGGAAAACAGGUGUUUUGGGAUAAACAAUUAGAAAUUCUCAAAAAACUACUUGACCAAUCUACUCCAAUUUUGUUGUGGUUAUUUAGAAGUACGAAUGCUACGAAUUUGAAGAAUUUCAAGCUUCUGCGAGAAACCAUCGGCGCAUUACCAAGUGCCAAAACCUGCAGUUUGCCUCGGUUUUCGGCCAUAACUUUUUUUGCUAUGAGUCGGAUCUUUUUACAUGUGGUUUCAUUCUGUAGGUCUCAUAAAUACCUAAAAAUCUUCUAUGAAGAGUUUUUUCGUUCCUGCCAACACUUUCGAUUGAGUCUCAAAAAACACGUUUUCUCAUUCUUUCUUGUCGGAUAAAAAGUUUUCCCACAAAAAUUGGUGUAACCAUUUUAUGCGUCCAUGUUUUAAAUAACCCCCUUGAAUAACUUGCAGCAAUAAAACCAGACUUUACAAUUAUUUCGCUAACCAGCGGUAUUUUCGUCUAAUAUGAUUAGACUAUAACACCUGUCGUCCAUCAACCAGAAUGAUCUGCAGUCAAAUCUGAUCUUCAAAUAUGUUAAAAAUAAUACAAUUUUGAGUUCAUAAAUCGACCUUUACGUAUGCGGUAUUUGUGAUUUCCAAAAGUAUCUAUUAUUCUGGUUUUCAACCACUGUUGUUCAAAGAAAUGAUUAGUCACAUACGUUUUCUUGAAUCUAAUUAUAUUAACUGCUAUUGUAUGAUCAGCUGCAUAGAACAAUCAAUUUAGAGCCUUGUGUAUAAUUGAGGCGCAUACUUAGAGAAAGUAUAUUUUUAUAUGGGUUUUGGAUGAUUCGAAAUAUUCGUGUAAUAGCGAACUAAAUUUGGUGUUACAUAAGCGAUGUCAAUUUAUUUAUCAUUUUUGACCAUUGUCGAAAGUAAAUGUGGAUAUUAGAGUAUUUAGAAUUAUAACAGGCUCUAGGCCGUAGUUGACUGACAUAUUUUUAAGGAAAAUCAAAAUGCGGCAUGUUUAUAGCUGAUAUGUAUUAUAAAGCUCUGUAGAGGGUGUUCCAGAAUGUGUGAUCAACGCCACAGAUUCUCAUAGAAUACAAAAAAUGUGCCAUGAUCCUAUGAAAAAUAUCUUACAGUGCUCCUUUACAGAGAUAUAGACCCCCUGAAAACACCACUGAGCUUAGGUUUCUCUUGAAUAACAAAAUGAUCAGCAGGGGUACUACCUAAAAAAUCGAUAUAAUGUCAGUAAAAACGUCAACUUGUGUUCUAGCUAGUCACUAGUCCAAACCACCGCGCAUUUGAUAGUUUGCGAGAUACAGGGUGUCAAAGUGACAAUUUUAUUUUUUAUUUUUCCUUAUUGCUUGAGAAGUAUUUCAGAUUUUGGCCUAAAGCUCGGUAUAGAGAGGUUUUCCAGUAUGAGAAACAAGAUUCCGUUAUUUUUUAUGGCCAAACUUCUAGAGAUCGCCACUUACAGCACUAUUUCGAUAAAUAACUUAUCAUAACUUUUUUGUGCUACCCUGUAUACAACAACUGACCGAAAAAUCUUGUUUUCUCGUGUUUCCACAACAGACAACGUUUACUUCUUAGAAGAUAUUUGUUUUUAAAAGUUCCAAUGCAUAAUUUGUAACUUGAUGAUAAAAUAUUUUUAUAAUAUAAUAAUCAAGUUGCUUUGGAUAAUAUCUGAGUAGUGUUGCUAUGGUUUUUCACAAUAACAAAUGAGGAUGGCAGCAAAACUAAUAAACGGAAAUAAUAGCUACAAAAAUUGUUCAAAAUGAGCACCAUCUUGCCUAACACACUAAGAGCUCGAGGUGCACUCUCCAUAGCAUUUGGAUGUUAUUUUUCAUUUCCUGUCUGUGGAAAACUCUUUGUCGAAGAUCAUCUACAGUUUCCACUGGCGUAUUC